AUGGCUCAGAACUGCAGCUUUACUCUCCAGAGCUCCAACGGUACGAUAGAGAGCCCGGGCUACCCGUACGGCUACCCCAACUACGCCAACUGUACGUGGGUGAUCCUGGCAGAAGAACACAACAGGAUACAGCUGGUGUUCCAAGGCUUCGCCCUAGAGGAAGACUUUGACCUGCUGUCUGUCUACGAUGGCCCGUCCAGCCCCGGGAACCUUAGGACCAGGUUGACAGGGUUCCAGCUGCCAUCGCCCAUAGUGAGUACAGGACCCGUCCUCACACUGUGGCUGCUGACAGACUAUGCUGUCAGUGGACAAGGCUUCAAGGCCAUCUACGAAGCUCUACCCAGUUAUACCUGCGGUAACCCAGGACAGCUGGUCAACGGUCUUCAACAGGGCUCGACCUUUAACAUUGGAGAGAAGAUCAGAUACAGCUGCGGCCCCGGCUACGUGUUAGAGGGACACACAACCCUGUCCUGUCUGGCUACGUCUGCUGGGACCGCCGCAUGGGACUUCCCCCUGCCCUACUGCAGAGCGGAUGAUGGUUGUGGGGGUACGUUGAGAGGUCAGAGUGGUGUGAUCACCAGCCCCAACUACCCAGGGGAGUACAGCAACAACGCAGACUGUACCUGGACCGUCCUGGCUGAGCCUGGAGACACCAUCGCCCUGAUCUUCUCUGACUUCACACUGGAGGACGACUAUGACCUGCUGGAGGUCAGCGGCACAGACGGGUCCUCCCAGUGGUGA